UAAAAAAACCGGUCCAAGCCACAGCCAAGAAACGGACCCGGAUGCUGCCUUGAUCAGCUGAUUCUUGGCUAGUCAAACAGACCGGCGACUAACUCAUCUCACACUCAUUUCACCGCCUCUACACUCACUACAAUGGCUUCCCUGACCCGAGGUAUCUUCAUUGUGGGUGCCAAGCGGACACCUUUCGGCACCUUUGGGGGGAAGCUGGCCAAGCACACCCCCACAGACCUGCAGGAGGUGGCGGCCAAGGCAGCACUGGCGGCCGCUAACGUCAAGCCAGAGAAUGUUGACUCUGUGGUGAUUGGGAAUGUGAUUGGGUGCGCUCAUACCGACACCAUCUACAUUGCUCGCCACGUGGGUCUGCGGUGUGGGGUGCCCCUGGAGGCCCCGGCGCUGGCUGUCAACCGGCUGUGUGGCUCAGGGUUCCAGUCAGUCGUCAAUGGGGCUCAGGAGAUCCUGAUGGGGGACAGCAAGGUGGUGUUGACGGGGGGCACUGACAGCAUGAGCAUGGCACCCUACGCUGUCAGGAACAUCAGAUUUGGCACCCGUCUUGGCUCUGACCUGUCCAUGGAGGACACCCUGUGGGCCUCGCUGACUGACGCACACUGCAAGACACCCAUGGGAGUCACUGCAGAAAACCUUGCUGCCAAAUACAACAUUACACGCCAGGACGCUGAUGACUUCGCCCUUAGGAGCCAAACCAACUGGGCUGCGGCCCAGGAGAAUGGCCACUUUGCUGCGGAGAUCGCCCCAGUCACCAUUAAGAGCAAGAAGGGGGCGGUGGAGAUGGUGAUGGAUGAACACCCAAAGCCAGCCACCACCGCUGAGGGCCUGGCCAAGCUGCCCCCGGUCUUCAAGAAGGGGGGAACCGUCACUGCUGGUACUGCCUCGGGCAUCUCGGACGGUGCUGGCGCGGUGGUGCUGGCCGGGGAGGGGGCGUGUGGGGAGCUGGGCCUCACCCCGCUGGCCCGGCUGGUGGGGUACUCGGUGGCUGGCGUGGACCCGACUAUCAUGGGGAUCGGACCGGCCCCCGCCAUCCGGAAAUUGCUCAAAGUGACUGGUGUGGACCUCAAGGAUGUGGGACUGGUGGAGAUCAACGAGGCCUUCGCACCCCAGACCAUCGCGUGCCAGAGAGAGUUGGACCUGGAUCCUUCUAUUCUUAACAUGAGUGGGGGUGCCAUUGCCCUGGGUCAUCCCCUGGGGGCGUCUGGCUCCAGGAUCACUGCCCACGUGGCCCAUGAGAUCAGGCGCCGUGGUUUGAAGUAUGGCAUUGGGUCAGCCUGCAUCGGAGGGGGCCAAGGCAUUGCUCUGCUGCUGGAGGCCAUGUAACACCCCCACCCUGCACCCCUGACCUCCUGACCCCCCAGCACACACACACACACACACACACACACACACACACACACACACACACACACACACUCUUGCCUGAGUGGUAAGGUGGUGGUGGUGGUUGUUGUGGCGAGUGCCUUACCUGUGCUUACCUGUGUACAUAAUAAAGGGUGUUGAUUAAUUAGCCACAGGUAGACACUAUGUUACCUGUGUGUACAGUUAGAAAGGGUUGUGUGUGUGUGUGUUUUAUUUUUAUGUUGGGGCAGUUUGUAUUGUCUGAAGUGAGAGAGAGAGAGAGAGAGAGAGAGAGAGAGAGAUACUUAAUUUGAUGUAUUUUAAAAGAACAGAAAUAAAGUAGGUGUUUUUUUUUUUUAAUGUAAGAGGGGAAAACUGUCCAAGGGCAACAUAAAACACUUAAAAAAAAUGACCCACUUAAUUGGCAGUCCUCUUGCAGGUCUGAGUUUGCCAAAAGAAAGGGAUAAAUGACUUAAAACCUC